AUGGUUUGUGGUCUGAUUCUGGGCGUAUAUACAGACGCCGGCUGGCUGCGACCAUGGCCUCUCCUCCCUCCCGCCUUCGUUUGCCACCCGCGCCCAUUCCUUCCUUCGCUCCCGGCUCGAGUCCGCCCCAGCUGGCCCCGCCUCGCUCCGGCCCGCGAUCCACGACCGCGCACACACACAUCCCCCGCCCUCCUGCCCCCCGCACCCGCCGCCAAGCUGGCCUGCUUCACCAUCUGCACCUUCUUCUCCUGCUCCGUCCUCGUCCUCUACCUCCACUACACCGCCCUCCACCUCGACGCCCCCGCCCUCCUCCCCGCCCUCCGCACCAUAGUCGACGGUAAAGGCAACGGCGGGGACGACGACCGCGCCCGCGCACGCUCAUACAUCGACGCGUGCAGGGCCGACCACGCCCGCGUCCUCCGCCAGGUCUCCGCGCGCAUCGACAUCCGCCUCGCCUUCGUCUUCCGCCUCCACUCCGCCUGCCCGUUCGCGUCCACGUCCGCCGCGCAGAACCCCGCGCGCAUGCCAGACGCCGCGCGCGUCUACUACGACCUCUCCUUCCUCCUCGCCGCCGCAGCCCGCGUCCUCGGCUACACGGGCUACCUCAUCAGCGUCGGCACGUGGCUCCUGCCCUUCCCCAAGCCGCUCCCGCCCCCGCCCCCGCUCCCGCCCCCAACGCGCGCCCUCGCCAACCCCGCCCGCCCGUCGAAACCCCGCACGCGCGCGCCCCCGCCGCACGCGCACACCGCCCCGCUUCCCUUCCCCCUCCCGCUCCCCACCAUCACCAUCACCACCACCCCGCCCCCGCAGCACACGCGCGCGCUCACCGAGCCACCACCGCCGCCACCACCAUCGCCACCACUACCGCGCCUCCCCUCUCCCCCGCCCCCGCCCAAACAAAAACCGCGCGCCCGAUGGAUGCCCAAGCCAAAAUCCAAACCGACCUCCCCAGCGCGCCACGUCUCCUUCCACGAGCCCACCACCGGCCCCGGCCCCGCCGCCGCCGCCGCCUCGUCCUCGUCGUCGUCAUCGAGCACGCCGCCGCUCCCGCCACUGCCCCUGCCACCGCCACCGCCCCUCUCGCCCCCGCCACGCAGCCCGCCGUCCUCCGCGUCCGCACACUCCUCAGACGAGACCCUCGCGAGCAGCUCCGCCGCCGCCGCCGCCGCCGCCGCCGCCCCGUCCGCGCAGCAGCAGCAGCACACCGGAGCAGCAGACCGCGCCGCGGAAGCGAGGGAGCGCUCGCGCUCGCGCGCCCGCGCGCUGAGCAUGCGCCUUGCGCGCCCGUGGCGCAAGCGGCCGUCGAGCGCGGGGUCGGCGGGUACGACGGGGUCGGCGGGGACGGCGGGGACGGGGACGGCGGGGACGGGGACGAGCGGGGAGGGAGGGGCGUCGGAGCUUGGGGAGCGGGUGGCGCGCAAGCGGCGGUCGGCGGACCACGCGCACGCGCGCGAGGAGGGGCACGAGCGGGAGCGGGAGCGGGCGGAGGCGGAGGCGGAGGUGCGGCGCUCGGCGACGUUUGGCGGGCGGCGGGACGCGGGGCUGGGUGAGGUGGCGGUUGGGGCGGGGCCGGGGCCGGGGCCGGGGCUGGGGGAGAGCGCGCGCGAGCGCGGGAGGUUCGCGUGGAGGCUGCGGCGCGCGCGGACGAGCGGUUGGACGACAGAGCGGGAUGGCGCGAGCGCGAGCGCGAACGCGAACGCGGAGACGUCGCCGUCGCCGUCGUUGUCGUUGUUGCCGCUGACGCUGCCGCAGGCGGUUGCGAGCCUCGGUGGGCACGCGACUGCGCCAGCCACGCCAGCCACGCCAGCCACGCCGGGGCGCACGACGGUCGCACUGCCCUCCGCGUCUGCGCCUGCAGCGACGGCAGCGACGGCGGCACCCACGGCACCCACGGGAGCACCCGCGGGAACACCCACGGGAGCCACGGCGCCGCCCAAAACCCCGCGCUCGCCCCCGCACCGGCGCCUCUCCGCGCUCCUCGCGCAGAUCCCGCACCCGCCGUCGCCUCUGCACGCGCUCGCGCACGUCCACCACCACGGGCUGCACGCGCAGCAGCAGCAGCAGCAGGAGCACCAGCACCAGCAGCACCAGCACCAGCACCAGCAGGCGCAGCUGCCGCGGCGGACGCAGCCGUACGGGCCGCCGUAUAACGUGCUGCCGCCGGGCUUUGGGGACUGUGAUGUGGGGGGGUACGUGGAGGCGCGGAGGAGGAAGCGGGCGUCGGCGCCUGUGGGUGCGAAGGCGGGUGCUGGGGAGGCUGGGAAGGGCGAGAAGGCGGAGAAGGCGGAGAAGAGGGAGGGGGGGAGGAGGAGUUUGGAGGGGGGCAGGGGGCGGGUGGGGAGGGUGGGGGUCGCGUGA